UCUUGCGUGACUCACAGGGGGGAUUUGAGCGUACUUAAACAGCGCUUUGAGAUCGCUGUCUCUUUUGUCUCUGCAUCGCAUGGCCAACAGGAACAUUUGAGCCUCAAGAGACCAUCGAAGCAUUCAGCACUGUCGUGAUAACAAUACAGAUCAUCACUCACGCUGUAGAAGGGUCCCGUAUCUAUCAUGUCUGCCGAGAUCGUAUUCUUUGAUCUGCCAUCCCGUGCUGGAAAGGCAUGGAGUUUGAAUCCUUGGAAAACCCGACUGGCACUGAACUAUAAAGGACUGCCUUACCGGACUGAGUGGAUCGAGUACCCAGAUCUCAGGCCAACUUUCCAAGGCCUUGGCAUUCCACCCAACGAGACGGGCUUCGCCUACUCAUCCCCAGCCAUUGGCUUGCCCGACGGCUCAUAUGUAAUGGAGAGUCGAAAGAUUGCCUCUGCACUGGAAGAGAGAUAUCCAACUCCCUCGCUGCAUCUCGACUCCCCCUACCUCCCACGCGUCGAAGCCGUCCUCAGCAAGUUACUUCCAGGACUGCGCCCGAUCUUCGUACCAUUGGUUCCUAAAGUCUUUCUCAACCCGCGUUCUCAGGAGUAUUUUAUCCCAGACCGCGAGCGAACUUUUGGCAAGUCCUUGGACGAGGUUUCGCAAGGUGCCGACCAGGCUGCCGAGGAUUCGAGGCCUUAUGUUGCGCAGCUGGCCGAACUACUGAGAGAAAAUCAAGAUGGGCCAUUCUUUGCCGGCAAGCAAGUUGGGUACGCCGAUUUUAUGGUGGUGGCCUUUUUGAGAAUGUUGACUCUGCUCGGAGCUGCAGAUAAGCUUUGGAAGGAAGAUGGAGAGAAAGAAUUGAAGGGUUUGUACCAAGCCUGCGAAAAGUGGUUGGAACGCGAUAGCUAUUGAUCCAUACAAUGCAUGGGAACGACUCAGGCCACUGCAGAUAUCAUAUUGUAGCGGCUAUUCUGGUCGAAAUAGUUAGUAUUUACUGUGCCUGUUAAAUAUAAACACUACUCCAGGCGUCCACCGACAUGGAUUACCA